GCUUUUGUCAAUAAUUGUGUGCUUUCUUCCUUAUAUUUUAAUGUUCAAGCUUCAUUUUACCAGGGUCGUAUCGUGUCUAUAUGACAGUGUGGGAGUUAACGGUGAGGGAUCCAGCAGUGCACCUCCCUGGGUGAUUCAUUACUAAUACAUCCAGCUCUGCACUGUGUGGUCGCUCUAGCCCACCGUAGCCAUGUACGUGAUAUGAAUGGCGUUUUGUCUUGGUAUGAAUGAUUGCCAGAGGAUGCCAUUCCUGCACUGGUGUUUUGAUGCAGCGCAAUCGUGCAACCCAAGCCGUUGUCACCCGGCGCCCAGGUUUGUCUCCAGCAGGCUGUGAAUCAAUUCUCAAUGCAGCAUAUUUCAAUUAUUCAUACAGUUUGGCUUCAGCUGACUUGUAAGUUUAUGUGAGCGUUAAUGAGUUUUUCUGCGAGACGUCCCUGUAGCUGCAGCGGGAGAUUGUGCGAGUGUAUGUAAACAAAAGAGCUGAUUGAUUAUGUGUCUCUGUGAUAUACAGGACGAAGGCGCAGGGAAUGCUGGGUAUUUUAAGGUCGUCAGCUUGUGCUUGUAUUAAUAUCAAGAUUUGUUCUUGGUGUGUGUGUGUGUGUGUGUGUGUGCGUUGGGGUGAAUCUUCAUCUCCUCUUACAGUACCAUCCCAUCAUCACCUUCAGUCAGAGCUUCCGCCUGCGUCGUCUGCCUCCAGCAACACACUCAACGCUACAGUCAUUGUCCAAAUGCAGCCACGGCUGUAAUGAGGGAAAUGAAGUCAUGAACGGUAAAAGUACUGUAGGACAGAAAAGCUGAUUUAUUCCCCCCACAUAGACUAAGACAUAUUCAUAUAAGCAUCAGCUGCCACCUAAACAAUGAAAUGAGCCCAUGUUAAUUCAUCUUGUUGCCGGCUGCAGGGAGCAGCAUUAGACAAGUGUCGUUCCUGGUCCUGGUGGACCUUUUGGGACACGGGCCGUGGGUUUGCUCUGGAGCUGUUUGUAUCAGGCGCUCUGAAUGGAUCCCGAUCAAUGGAAACACUACGCACAGACUCUAUUUGAAGAUUGAGGGGGUGGCAUUAGUAAGGACCUAAAGACAGUAGACCAUCAGUGAGGAUGAAUCAUCUGUCAGGGUUUGACUUAUUUGCCGUUAAUCCAGAUUUUAUCCUUAGCGUGUUGAUAUAGCUGUAGUGUUGUAUUUAUCUACUUACCUACGAUUGUACAUUAACAACAUUAAGCUGCUGCAAUUUGUCAGUCACUGAUAUUACAUAAUUGUAAGAACUUCAAGGGUGUGGGAUCGUUAACAAUCAACAGGAAGAGAGCUUUUGAUUAGUUGCUGAUGAUGAUUCCCCAAAACAUCAAAUACAUCUGGCAACAUAAAAAAAACUAAUAGUUUAAUAAUUUGUGAUCCCAACACUGUCUGUAUUUUGCACUUAACCAGCAGCAGUGGAGACAACAUAUUAGUAUGUAAAUUACAUAGACCACGACUGAAUGGUUGAACUAGUUAAACGUGCUGCUCUCAUCCACCAAACAAGCACUCGGCAGCCAGAGACUCAACAUUUGCCUCGAAGACGAGAAGCAGAGAGGCACAAACGUUUUGUCACCAGUCUCCCAGUGCAGAUUUAUGUUUGUGUUGUUCAUUUUUAAUUCAGCGUGUCUGCCAGUGUGUAUGUGUGUGUGUACAUGCUACAGUAUGUUGGUUUCCACGGUUACCAAAACGCCAACCUCACUGCGUCAUUGCAUCAGAAACCUUCAGCGUUGUUUUUUUCCAGCAUUCAUCCCCUCGUCCACUCACAUACCUGUCCCUCCAUUGUUAAAAAACGGAAGUACGCCUGAACUUUCUCAGUUUCUCUUAUACAACCUGGUGUGUGUGUGUGUGUGUUUGUGUGCGCGUGUGUAUGUACAUUGUAUGUAUGCACGUUGCCAUGGCUAUGGACCAGGCGAACUGGCGUCAUCACUUCAAAACCACCUUCGCAGCAAGCAAAGAGAGAUAGAGAAGGACUCAAAGCAGCUCCCCUCUGUUCAACACCUGCACACACACACACACACACACACACACACAACCACGCGCCACCGGUGUGGUCUCAUAUUCAACCGAGCUCAGCCUCUUCGUUCAACACGGUGCAGCGGCACAGAAGGAGAGGAGGGGAGACGGGAGACGAGCAGACCUAACUUCAUGCAUACUGAUGCGACUGGAGCCGUCUGAAUGUAUUUGAGAGGGUGUCAAUUUAGUCUGGUUAGAACCAUCCCUUCCUCCUAAAGAGGGAGCCAAAAAAACAGAAAUAUUUACAGUUUACUUUGUCACCAUCCUCCGCUCAUGAAGACACAACUGGGAGCUGACAAGGGUGCUACUCUGAUCCCUCUGUCUCAGUGUGACCAGCUGAAUUUGACUCUCCAGCUCUCUGAUGUAUCUACAGUUGCUCCUGUUUUAUUUUAAUAUACUUUUAAUGAGAAAAUGUGAGAUGUGAUUGUUGGGUGUUGUCCUCUGUCCUUCAGAUUUGACUCUGCCGCACUAUGGCCGACAGUGGCUGUUUGUCACAGGAUACAGGACUGAACUGAUUGAUCAUGUGAUUUGACUCCCUCCACAGCUCCCUGUCAUUUAUCAUCGGUGAGUCAUGUGACUGGCUUCAUAGUUUUGAUAUCGCAGUUCACCAAGGAAAUCAUUUUUAUAGCAGCCAUUGAUGAAACCUUGGUCCAAACCCGCUCAAGCAAAUUUAGCCAGCAGCAACACAUUCAGACAAAAGUGAGAUGUGCGCAAACAGCACACCGCCAUUCUCACGAGCCCACGCAUUCUCACAUCCGCACAGACCACGUGGCCAUAGUCAGCCAAAUGUACGAAAAACCUUUAUUGAUGGUUGAAGGACAAAAGAGCAGGGAGGCUUUGAAUACAGUGCUGACUGAUACAGAGAGAGGGUGUGUGUGUGUGUGUGUGUGUGUGUGUGUGUGUGUGUGUGUGUGUGUGUGUGUGUGUGUGUGUGUGUGUGUGUGUGUGUGUGUGUGUGUGUGUUUUGUCAGUGGAUGAUAAUGCUCAGGACGGAUGAGAGGGAUGAGAGCCACUCUGUUGCCAAGGCGACGGACAGGGCUGUAAACACGCUACCCCUGACUCAUCUCUCCACAAUAGAUCCUCUCUCUCUCUCUCUCUCUCUCUCUCUCUCCCUCUCUCUCUCUCUCUCUUCUCUUUCUCCUCUCUCUCUCACUCUAUCACACACAUACACACUCUUGCUCUCUCUCUCUCUCUCUCUUCCUCUCUCUCUCUUCCUCUCUCUCUCUUCCUCUCUUUCUCUUUCUCUCUCGCUCGCUGUCUCACACACACACACAAACACAUUCACACAAUGGAGUCCAAUCUGAGGGAGACAAGAGGAUCCGAAGAUAAGAGCCACUCCAAGCUGCUUAGCUAUACAUCUGAAUAGGCCAGUGGAAUAAACGCAACCCUUUCUGUCAUAUGCACACUAAUUAUAAAAGGGACACACACAUACAAACACAUGCACAGCCUGGCAAACACAAUCAGUGACAUUUAAACUGGGCUUUCUGCACACGGGUACAAAAUAAUUCUUGUUUAUAGUAAUAUGGUCAAAGUCUCAGGCCAUAAAACACAUUUCUGAUCAUCUCUCAGAACUGUUAGUCUGACAGAUAGAUUUGCUGGUCGCCUCUAACCAAAGAGAGCAUCAUUCACCAGGGGGAUCAUGACCCGCCGGCUGAGCAGCUCCACCCGGUCCCACACCGAGGAUUCAAUCUUCCUGAGGCCCGACGAGGACCCCGUCUGGCUCGACGAGCCCACGAGGGCCGAGAAAUUAGGCGACGGCGGCCUGAAAAAGGACGCGUUCCCAGAGUUCACAGACGGGCCGACAGGUGGCCAGAGCCCACAGGGGGAGGAUGCGUUCAUGCACAAGGUGUACGCGCUGGUGAUAGACAUCCACUGCUGGGCCGCGCUGUUUGUCGUCUCCCAGCUCACGGGCUACUGGCUGUUUUUUGUGAUGGAAGGAAACGGACCACUCUCCUCCGUCUACAAAGCCCUGCAGGUUAUCGACUUUUACCUUGGCUUCAUCUUACCCUGCCACCCGAUCUUUGGAACGGACUCCACGGUGUUGAUGAGUGAGGUGGUGGAAAGUACCGAACACAACUGGGUCGUCCAUGGUACUUCGGGCAUUGGCGUGGCCAUCUGCGUUGUCAUGGUCGUCCACAUGAUCUGUAAAUGGCGUUCCGGCACAGACUUGUGGUCGUCGGGAACAAUCUCAAGGGACGUAGGCGAUCGGCGACAGUCUGUGAGCCGCCAGCCCUCCUUCACCCUCUCGGAGUGGACGGACGCUCAGGAGGAUCUUCUGGACCUCGACCCGGUGCCUCAGACGCCGGUCUUCGACAUGGGCGCCGACGCCAGAACGGAGGGAGACGCCGCCACGCUCACCGUCACACCUGUGGGACUCCAGGAAAGGAGGGGCUCCAAUGUCUCCCUGACCCUGGACAUGUGUACACCAGGCUGCACUGAGCCCUACGGCUACGGAGCCCAGCUCUCCCCCAGAGACCAGUCGGCCCAGGAGUACCUCCGACAGGGAACGCACGUCCUGACCCCGGCCAUGCUCCACACUCGGGCGCUGGACGACCAGAGCCUGCAGGCCGAGUUCUAUGAAACUCCCAUGAACUUUGUAGACCCGAAGGAGUACAACUAUCCAGGGCUGGUGAGAAAGAACCGCUACAAAACCAUCCUACCCAACACACACAGCAGAGUGAUUCUGAAGUCACAGGACGAAGAUGACUUCCUCACCACGUACAUCAAUGCUAAUUAUCUCAAAGGUUACGGGGGUGAGGAGUGUGCAUACAUUGCCACCCAAGGCCCCACUGUAAACACAGUGGGCGACUUCUGGAGGAUGGUGUGGCAGGAGAGGAGUCCAAUCAUAGUGAUGAUCACCAACCUGGAAGAGAAAAACGAGAAAUGUGCCGAGUACUGGCCCGAGGACACUGUGACCCACGAGGAGAUCGAGAUCACCGUAGUCUCUGUAACCCAGGAGGACGACUACAGUCUGAGGGUGUUUACGCUGAAGUGUGGGGGCGAGGAGCGCAGCCUGCGGCAGUACUGGUACACCUCGUGGCCCGAUCAGAAGACUCCUGACAAGGCCCCGCCCCUGCUGGAGCUGGUACAGGAAGUGGAAAGGGCCCGGGAGGAGGCCCCGCCCUCCAGCGGCCCUAUAAUUGUGCACUGCAGUGCUGGAAUUGGUCGAACUGGUUGCUUCAUCGCCACCUCCAUCCUGUGCAAGCAGCUGAGGACUGAAGGUGUGGUCGACCUCCUGAGAACCACCUGCCAGCUCCGCCUGGACAGGGGUGGGAUGAUCCAGACGUGCGAACAAUACCAGUUUGUGCAUCAUGUUCUCAGCCUGUAUGAAAAGCAGCUGUCUCACACCGCUGAGGAGUAGAAGGAGCGCUACCGCCGCGCCCAGACCGAGACACACCACUGUACACAGUACCGCCUCCGGUGGUACGCGCCACUGUACCUAGCACCAUCAGUCUCACCCUUUAACGAGUUCAUACCACGUUAAUCUCUUGGCCCAGGAUAGGCUCGUUCAGGCAGGGCUGAAUGGCUGACACGAUGCCUGCGCAUACUUUGUGUCAGGACAAACAUAAGGAUGUGGCAUUUGCACCGCUGUGUUUUUUUAUUUUAACCGCGCCAGUGUCAGUCAUCACGUCCUCAUUUAUUACCUGGCCUGAAUUUGUUCCAUACAAACUGUCUGUAAAGUUAUCACAGCUUCACCUGGAGCUCACCUGCUGUGCUUUCACAUCGCUGUCAGGAAGGUGUUCAAGAAGUCCAGUAGGUCCCGCUACAGCACAAGUGCCAGCAUAUGUAAAAUCUAUAGAGAUGAUAAAACGCCAGCCUAAUAUUUGACUCUAUAUGGAUGUAAAGGUUCAUAUUAAAUGUAUGUAAACACCAGGCUUUGCUCUCAUUGAUUCUUAGUGUAAGAAGAAAAAAAAACAUUGCGAAAGGCUUGUUUCAACUUUUGACACGUUCAGGAGCCACCUCAUCUACAGGUUGCAUGGUGCUAAGUGUUCAUUAAAGGCAUGUGCAAUGUUAUGGAACAUAGGAAUGUAUAACAAUUAGGUUAUUAAUGAACUAAUUAGGAUUUUUGUGCAGUCUACAGUUCUACCAUGCUGCCUGUGCAGUCCUCAUGGCCCAUGAUGUUUACAGUAAACGACCCCUGCGUUCAGGCCACAUAGACGUGCGCACAGAGGUGUCACGAAGGCAGCGACCAGGAGGCGAUGGGCGAAUUUGAAGCAGGAAUGAAGAGCUCACGAGAAUCUGACAUAGGGAGAAUUGGCAGAAUAAACGGAUGCAGGAUGCUCACACUACUGAGCCAAAGGUCCCACUGCUUAUUCUGUGACACCUCUGCAUGCAACACAUCUGUGAAGUAAGAAGCCCAUGAUUGUUGUAUAGACAAGCUAGGCCUACUCUGUAUGAAGCACAAUAGACCAACUAAGGUUGUCUCUCUGAUGUUCAGUUGUAAAAGUUCUUUUCUUUACAGUAUUGUGUUUGGAUUGUGUUGAGUUUAAUGGAUUGCAUGUGCUGUAUGGGACUCCCAUAGGUCCACAAUCAAAGCGACGUGAUUGGUUGUCCUGCUUUUUGUUGUGUAAAAGGGUUUAAGCCUAUUAUAUUGCUUGCUCUCGGCCAAUGCUUUUGAUACAGUUUGCUUUUGUGAAACCAACCAGAGAUAUUUUUAGAAAAUUUUGAUACAAUCCUUUCGAGUAGAUGCCUUGUGUAUAUUUCCGUUUACACCAUGAUGGAAUGUAGCUCAUACUGUGGAUCGAACCAUUGGUUUAUAUUGCAAAAUUUCACAGAACAAAAUGUGAUAAGUACCUAAGUUACCUUACAGUGCAAAAAAAUAGAUUAUGUUCAGUCUUCAGUAUUAUUACUUUAUGCCUUUAGGCUUUGCUUUAAUAUGCUUUGCUUUCAGUGUAUGUUCUUAUUGUUUUCUUGGAGAAUUUUACCUCAGACUGAGUUUCUACGCAGUCCUGAAUCUAUUCCAUCUGUGACUCCAGGCCACUCUCAGUUGACAACACGAGAAAUAUUUGCUAUGUGUACGGCAGCUAAAACGGAGAAGACCAUUUUCUAUGUAACAAAAUUUCUCUCUUAAUACAUCAGAUCAACAGUCUUGAGCAUUGUCAGGGGAUGUGAAUUAACUGCGUGGGCCUGCACCAACUUACAAACAUCAAAUCAUCAUUUAGCAAAUUAAACUGCCAAAUUAGCCUUUUCUGUAAACAAGGGACAACGAUUGACAAGAAAUGGUUAAGGUCUAUUAUCAGACUUUGACACAAUCCUCUGACAAUGUCCAUUAUGACUGACUGAACUGACUGAAAAGCGUUUACUUUGUCUUCAGUGCUUAUCCGGUCCCCUUUUGAUGAUCACAGUGGGGAUGACGAAAGAGCCAAACAGUCAGACAUACAACCAGCAGAAAUCAGUAUUCCUCUCCUCUGCUACAGUAUUGCUUUAAGUUGUGAGUUUUUGCCUCUAAAUAAAGGUAGAUUUUCAUGAACAA